AUGGCUCCGUCACCGACUACAUUGCGGCCUCAGUCGGUGGUGAUGGACACCCUCGGCUUUGACGUGCUACGCGACGUGGAUCCAGGUGAGGCUGUCUUUUUUGACAGCCGCUCGAACUCCAUGUCCUCGAAGCAGUGCUUCUAUGAUGGCGGAAGCACACCCCAACUGGUGCCCUGCAUUUUCGAGUAUGUCUACUUCGCUCGACCCGACUCUGUCAUGGAUGGGGUGUCCGUGUACGAGUCGAGGGUCCGGAUGGGUCGAAGCCUCGCGCGCCGCGUGCAACAGGUAACGGAUUGGAGGGAGAUCGAUGUGGUUAUUCCCAUCCCGGACACGUCCCGGACCACGGCCAUUGAGACUGCCUACAUUCUGCAGCGACCUUUGCGAGAGGCCUUCCAGAAGAACCGGUACAUUGCCCGGACCUUCAUCAUGCCUGGACAACAGAAGCGAAGGAAGACCAUGCGCCUCAAGCUCAACACCAUCCGCAGUGAGUUCAAGGACACGAAGGUGUUGUUGGUGGAUGACUCCAUCGUCCGUGGCACCACUUGCAAUGAGAUCAUUCAGAUGGCAAGGGAGGCAGGUGCGAGCAAAGUGUUCUUCGCUUCGGCGGCGCCCGCCGUGCGGUUUCCCAACGUUUACGGCAUCGACCUCCCUCGAAAGGAAGAUCUAAUUGCCAAUGGCCGGGACGAGGGGACUGUGGCUAAGCUGAUCGGAGCCGACUGGGUGGUCUACCAAGACCUGAACGAUCUGGUGGAGUGUGUGCGCGGCCUCAAUCCUGAACGACUGCGUUUCGGUUUCGAUGCUUCAGUCUUCGAUGGCAAGUACAUCACAGGAGACAUCGACCACAGGUUCUUCGAGCAGCAGUCCCGGCGCGAAGAGCCGCAGACGCCGAGCCUUUCCGUUCCCAUUGGCGUCUCCCAGUCUGUAUCUGAGCUCGAUGAGCAGGUCUUAGACCACCUCUCGGGUCCCAAGGGGGCUCUGGAGAUGGCGUUCCAAAGCUAG